CAUGUAAAAAAUAUUGUUGAAUAUAUUCACUCUCCCCAAGGAGAGGGACUAUAAAUCACUGUCCUCCCUCUCCCAAAUAAAUCCAACAAACCAUAUAUACACUGUCUGGUCCAAAAAGGCAUAAUAAUACUAAAAGUAAAAAAAAAUAAUAAAAAUCACCAGAAUUUACCAUACACAAACAAAACAGAAGGCAAGAGUUCCCAUUUCCUUAUCCUCCAAUAUCCCCAAGCUUCUCCUCCUUUCUAGCUAUCAACCCUCAAAUCUCAUCUCAUCACAUCACUACACAGCACACACACACACACACACGGCAUCCUACCUGGGUUCAUAUCCAUACAGAACCAAAGAGAAAAAAAGGUAGGUAGGUAUAUAAAGUUUACUUGAUCAAUCGACAGAGAGAUAACUUUCAAGGUCUCAUAUUAUUCAACAUGAGAAAGCCAACUUCAUCCACAGCUACAGCCGAAGCGGCGGCAGCAGGAGGAGGAGCAGCGGCAAAAUCUACUCCGUGUUGCAUCAAGGUAGGGUUAAAGAGAGGACCAUGGACACCUGAAGAAGAUGAACUUCUAGCUAACUAUAUCAAGAAAGAAGGUGAAGGUCGGUGGCGAACUUUACCCAAGAAAGCCGGUCUUCUCCGCUGUGGCAAAAGCUGCCGUCUCCGCUGGAUGAACUACCUCCGCCCUUCGGUUAAACGUGGCCAGAUCUCCCCUGAUGAAGAAGAUCUCAUUCUCCGCCUCCAUCGCCUCCUAGGCAAUAGGUGGUCAUUGAUAGCUGGGAGAAUCCCAGGGCGUACAGACAAUGAAAUAAAGAAUUACUGGAACACUCACCUGAGUAAGAAGUUGAUAAGCCAAGGAAUUGAUCCAAGAACCCACAAGCCUCUCAUCAAUCCUCAAUCUUUUGAUCAAUCCAAACCUUCUUCGUCGAAAGCGAACCACCUGCAAGAAAGCCUAAAAGAACCUAUUAAGAUUGCUUCUUCUGGUUUGGAAAUAACUACCAGUGGCAGUGCCCACAUAAUCAGCAACAAAGAGAAUGGGUAUUUUCAAAACAACAGUAAUGCACACCUGGGUGAUCAGUAUCACACGGACCAUUUUAUUGCAAGUCGUGGCUACACAAGUUUGCUGAAUUAUGAUGGUUCUUUUGGGACGGAUUUGAGAGGUAAUCAAAGGCUUGGCAAUGGAGAAGCUGAAGAUUUCAAUUCUGGCACCGAAGAUGUGUUUUCCUUCCUCAAUUCACUCAUCAAUGAGGAGGCUUUCCAACAACACCAGAUCUGUAAUGAGCCUAAUGUGAAUAGUGCACUAGCCAGCACAGAUCCUUUGUUUCCAAUUGCUGCCGCAACAUUUGGAAUUAGUACUGGCUGGGAAUCUACUUUCGUGCCUCCUGCUCUUGAUCAAAAUGAUUCGAAAUAGGGUUGAUGAUCACCAUGUUGAGUAUUCUAUCAUAGUCAUCUUUGCUUUUAUCAUGGCAUGAAAUUACACUUGGUAAUCAGUUUACAAAAACACAAAGCUAGGAUUUGGUUUGUUAUUUUAUGUAUUCUGCAUAUCUACUGUUAUUGUUUUACUUCAGCAUCCUAUUUAUCAUUUGCUGUUGUGUUGUAUUGGUGAGAACAUAAACUAUUUUUUCUUGUAUCCAAAAUAUUACCCAAACAAUGUAUGAGAUUAUUAUAGAUUUGUGUGUAUUUGGAUGUUUUUUGUUUCAUAAUCAUAGUUUUUAUGAUUGUAAGUCAGCUUAUAUCAAAUCUCUCUCGAAAUUAAUUACAUAGUAAUAUAGAAAAUGUGCUCACAGUUGUUACAGCAGUUCUUGUUCAAAUCAGAGAAAAAAAAGGUACAUGGUUCAAAUAAAUAUUUUCAUCAUCUAUAUAUGGAUAGUACUGAUAUUUAGAUGUUAUGCUAGAUAUUGGAAGGUUUUAUAUUGAUUGCAUUUAAUUUCCAAUUCGUGAUGUCGACAUCAUUUAUUGUUGAUCAUAGAUGGAUUA